AUGCAGUUCAAGAUGGGAAACGUCCUGCUGUCUCUUCUUUUCUGGUACAAAGCUGCGCUGGCCCUCUCCCCAGGAGAGGAUGAGAGACUGGAGCUGUGGCACAGCAAGGCUUGCAAAUGUGAUUGCCAAGGGAGUCCUAAUGUGGUGUGGUCCAGUAGGACUAACAGCUUAGAGUGCAUGCCAGAGUGCCCCUACCACAAGCCCCUGGGCUUCGAGUCUGGUGCUGUUACCCCCGACCAGAUAAGCUGCUCCAACCCUGAGCAGUACACGGGCUGGUACUCCUCCUGGACGGCCAACAAGGCUCGCCUCAAUGGCCAAGGCUUUGGGUGUGCGUGGCUCUCCAAGUACCAGGACAAUGGGCAGUGGCUGCAGAUCGACCUGAAGGAGGUGAAGGUGAUCUCGGGGAUCCUCACACAAGGGCGCUGCGAUGCCGACGAGUGGAUGACCAAGUACAGUGUGCAGUACCGCACGGAUGAAAACCUCAACUGGGUUUACUACAAGGACCAGACUGGGAACAACCGGGUUUUCUAUGGCUUUUUUUCUUCCUCGGUGCAGAACCUGCUGCGGCCACCUAUUGUGGCCCGCUACAUCCGCCUCAUCCCGCUGGGCUGGCAUGUGCGCAUUGCCAUCCGCAUGGAGCUCCUUGAGUGCCUGGGCAAGUGCGGCUGA